UUUCCUGUUGUGGUUUCACAUGAUAGGCGCUGAUUGGCUGAAGCUCAAGCUGCCGCAACAGGAUUGGGUAGUUUUAUGGUGACGUUGGACGCACGGGACAGACCGGCAUCCACACCGGAGUGACCGAAACCCAGCAGUCUGAGUAGAAACAUCGAUUUCGGCAUGGCGAUAACAGCAGACCAUAUCAAGAAUAAACUUAUGAAGGAGCUUUCGGCAGCGCACGUGGACGUGGAGGACACUUCACCCAACAGAUGUGCGACUAGUUUCAAAGUCCUGGUGGUGUCGUCACAGUUUGAGGGCAAACCGCUGCUACAGAGACACAGGAUGGUGAACACGUGUCUGGCUGAGGAGCUGAAAGAAAUCCACGCCUUCGAGCAGAAGACUCUCACUCCAGAGCAGUGGGAGAAACAGAAGUCACAGUGAUGCUCCUCGUUCCUUUCUCCUAUCUUUGCUCCAACACGAACUAGCUCUAAUUUUUCCAGUUGUGAGAUUAGCAGCAGAACACUUUGCUGAGCUUUUUAUCCAGUGAUUGACAUGAGGCCCACAUCUACUGUCAUUUACAGGAAUAAAACCCAGAUUCUUAGUUUUGAA